AUGGCGUCCAGUAUAUUAUCACAGUCUCUGUUCUCCGCCCAGACGUCUUCCAAGUCGCCGAUUUCGAAGAAAAUCACGCCCCUCUCAGUUUCAGUCAAGCCAUUUCCGAACAUUUCCAGAUCCGAUGUCGUUUCAACGCAUUCUAAGAAGACCCAAAAAAUUUUCAUCGCCAACUCCGCUUCAUCCGGCGACGGAAGCUCCACGGCGGAGACCCCAAUCGAACUGAGGUAUCCUGCAUUUCCCACGGUCAUGGAUAUUAAUCAGAUUAGGGAGAUUUUGCCUCACCGGUUCCCCUUUUUGUUAGUGGAUAGAGUGAUUGAGUAUACUCCUGGGGUGUCGGCCGUUGGCAUCAAGAAUGUGACGAUAAAUGAUAAUUUUUUUCCCGGUCAUUUUCCGGAGAGGCCAAUUAUGCCUGGUGUGUUAAUGGUUGAGGCAAUGGCCCAAGUUGGUGGCUUGGUCAUGCUACAACCCGAGGUGGGAGGCUCACGGGACAAUUUCUUCUUUGCUGGAGUCGACAAGGUGAGAUUCAGAAAGCCCGUAAUUGCAGGCGACACUCUUGUAAUGAGAAUGAACCUUGUCAAGCUUCAAAAGCGCUUUGGCAUAGCAAAGAUGGAAGGCAAGGCAUACGUAGGUGGUGAUGUAGUUUGUGAGGGUGAAUUCUUGAUGGCUAUGGGGAGCGAGUGA